AUGAAAGAAGAGUUACCUUUGGUAAAAAAAAAUGUGAACAAGAUAAAUAAAACCAUCUUACUGGUGGGAGAAACAGGAACAGGAAAAUCUACUCUGAUCAACGCUCUGCUCAACUACACCAUGGGAGUGAAGUGGGAGGAUGGAGUCUGGUUUCAGAUUGUAGAGGAGAAGAAGGACAAAAAACUGACUGAAAGUCAGACAUCAGAUGUGAUGGUGUACGAGAUCUUUGGUUUUGAAGAUGAAACUCUGCCCUACUCUCUGACCAUCAUCGACACUCCUGGAUUUGGAAAUACCAGAGAAAUUAAUUCUGAUGACAUCAUCUUUCAAAGAUUAUUUGACUUGUUUCGAUCAGAGGAUGGAGUCCAUGAAGUUCAUGCAGUGGGUCUGGUGAUGAAGGCGACAGAUAAUCGGAUGAGUGAUCAACUAAUAUAUGUGUUUGAUUCAGUGAUGUCUCUGUUUGGAAAAGAUCUGGAGAAAAACAUUGUGGCUCUGAUCACACACUCAAAUGGAAAAAAACCAAAAAAUGCUCUUCAAGCUAUUGAAGCAGCGAACAUUAAAUGUGCCAGAAAUGAGGAGAAUCAGCCUGUUUACUUCCUGUUUGAUAACUGCCAGAGUGAAGACCGAACAGAGGAAGAAAAAUUCCUAAAAGGUGCUCAUCAAACAUCAGAUACAGGAAUCAGAGAGUUCAAAGCCUUUCUGGAUAAAACUUCAGCUCAAAAGUGA